GCAUCCCUAUCCACAGUGGUCACACCCAGAGAUUUAAAGAUCGACCAUUUGGAAGAGACCUCCUUCACUCUCCACUGGUCCAAGGCUGAAGGGAUGGAGAAAGUCCCACAGCACUUCUUCAUAUCCAACUGCAUCCCAGGAACAGACCCCCUCACAGCCAUUACUGACGACUGCCACAAAACCUUCUCAAACCUGCAUCCUGGCACCGAGUACACUGUUAGUGUUGCAACUGUGCUGAGCAAUGGGGAACAGAGUGAACCUGUCUCUACAACAGUCUGCACUAUACUUCCUGCUCCAGACCAGCUGACUGUUGACUCAGUGGACACCACAUCAGCUGCUGUUAGCUGGAGCCAGCCACCAGGAUUGGACCAAACCCAACAUCAUUACCAGAUCUCCUACUGCUGUCCAGGGACAAAACCACACAUCACUACCACAUCUUCACCCAGCAUCAGUCUCUCUGACCUGAAACCUGCUACUGAAUACUCUGUCACUGUCUGCACUGUGCUGGAAAAUGGAAAGCAAAGUCAACUGGUGUUAACAACCUUCACCACAGUACCCACUGCUCCUGGCCAGCUGACUGUUGACACCACAUCAGCUGCUUUUAGCUGGAGUCAGCCACCAGGAUUGGACCAAACCCAACAUCAUUACCAGAUCUCCUACCGCUGUCCAGGGACAGAACCCCACUACACUACCACAUCUUCACACAGCAUCACUCUCUCUGACCUGAAACCUGCUACUGAAUACUCAGUCACUGUCUGCACUGUGCUGGAAAAUGGAAAGAAAAGUCAACUGGUGUCAACAACCCUCAACACAAUACUUCCUGCUCCAGACCAGCUGACUGUUGACUCAGUGGACACCACAUCAGCUGCUGUUAGCUGGAACCAGCCACCAGGAUUGGACCAAACCCAACAUCAUUACCAGAUCUCCUACCACUGUCCAGGGACAGAACCACACAUCACUACCACAUCUUCACCCAGAAUCACUCUCUCUGACCUGCAAUGUGGUACUCAGUACUCUGUCACUGUCUGCACUGUGCUGGAAAAUGGAAAGCAAAGUCGACUGGUGUCAACAACCCUCACAACAAUACUUCCUGCUCCAGACCAGCUGACUGUUGACUCAGUGGACACCACAUCAGCUGCUGUUAGCUGGAGCCAGCCACCAGGAUUGGACCAAACCCAACAUCAUUACCAGAUCUCCUAUCGCUGUCCAGGAACAAAACCACACAUCACUACCACAUCUUCACACAGCAUCAGUCUCUCUGACCUGCAAUGUGGUACUCAGUACUCUGUCACUGUCUGUACUGUGCUGGAAAAUGGAAAGCAAAGUCAACUGGUGUCAACAACCCUCACCACAAGUAAGGAAUUACCCUACUAAAGUGUUAUGUUUGGUGUCAAAGUUUAUAAGAUUUUAACUAGAUAUCAGAAUAACCUCCUACAUAUGCGAUUACAUCACCUGGUUUAAACGUCUCUAGAGACUAUAUCACUCUCAUCAUUACUCAAUGCCUAGGUUUACCUCCAAUGUAAUCACAUCCCACCUUACCUUUGUCUGUACAUUAUGCCUUGAAUCUAUGCUAUCGUGCCCAGAAACCUGCUCCUUUUACUCUUUGUUUACGAAUGUGCUAGACGGCCAGUUCUUAUAGCAUUUAACCGUACCUUAUCCUACUCCUCCUUUGCUCCUCUGGUGAUGUAGAGGUCAAUCCAGAACCUGCAGUGCCUAGCUCCACUCCCACUCCCCAGGUGCUCUCAUUUGUUAACUUCUGCAACCGUAAAAGCCUUGGUUUCAUGCAUGUUAACAUUAGAAGCCUACUCCCUACGUUUGUUUUACUCACUGCUUUA